AUGGCAUCAUUAGAAACUAUUAUAUUUAACUCAAAACUAAAUUUUAUUGAUGAUUGGGCCUUCACAAAAUUCGCUUUAAAAACGAUUAAAAUUCCAGAUUCAAUUACGAAAAUUGGUGAAGGAGCUUUCAGCGGUUGUAAGAGUUUGAACUCCAUUACAAUCGGAUCUGGAAUGAACUAUAUACCAACAAGUUGUUUUGCUUCUACAAAUAUUACAGAAAUGAACAUUCCCGAGAAUAUCCAUACAAUAAAUGAUAAUGCAUUUGCUGGAUGUCCAAAUUUAAGAAUGGUUGUUUUACCACCAAAUGUUACUAAACUAGGAGGAAAUUGUUUCCCUCCGGGAAUAGAAGUUACAUUAACGCCUGGUUCUCCUUUAUCUAUUGAUGAACAGAUGAUUAUUUAUAAUCCUGAUAAAUCGAUAAUUGUUAUGAGUUUAAGUAGAAAAUCGUCAUAUACAAUUUUAUCAACUGUAAAAACAAUAAGUAAUGGUGAUUUUUCAUCAAAUUCUGCCUUAACAACUGUUACUUUUGAGUCGAGUUCGAAUCUAGAAACAAUUGAUGUGAAUGCAUUUAGCAAAUGCAUCUCUCUUUCUUCAUUUGAACUUCCUAUUUCCGUUUCAACAAUCAAAGAAAGUGCUUUUCAAGACUGUAAAUCAUUAAAAUUGAUUUCGUUUGGCAGCAAAAUUUCUAUUAUAGAAAGUUAUAGUUUCAUGGGAUGCAUCUCAAUUACACAAGUAACGUUUGUCGAGUGUUAUAAUGUUACUAUUGGCAAGAAUGCCUUCAAUGGCUGCAAGAGUCUUUCAUUCCUAUCUUUAAGCAACAAUGUAACAAGUAUUGACAAUUAUGCAUUCUAUGAUUGCCAGAGUUUAACAAGUGUUAUCUUUCCUAUUUCUAUUGAAUACAUAGGAUCGUAUGCAUUUGGAUCUUCUAUGCUAAGCGAAAUCAAUAUUCCGGAUGGUUCUCAUCUUAAAGAAAUCGAUCAAAGUGCAUUUGGCAAAUGCUCACAACUUUCGACUUUUCAUCUUCCACAAACAAUAGAAAUGUUAGGUGAGUAUUCAUUUGAAUCAUCAGGAAUUUUAUCUUUUGAAGUACCAUUUAUGACUACUCAUAUCUCAAACUUUGCUUUCAAAGGUUGUGCAAACCUUACAACAUUUAUUAUUCCAUCUGGAUGUGCACUUUCUUCAAUAGGAAGUCUUCCCUAA